GCUGGCGCUGACUCACCCAUCCACCAACACGUUUCCUUCGUUAUGUCUUCCUCAUUCCUCCCUACUUUCCUCAAUAUAUAUAUAAACCAUAACGCUCAAACUCUUUUAUAAUAGCAGCUGAAAACUCCUGAGACUUUCCGGAUUCUUAAACACCUCAAAUCCUGGAAAAAAUUAUUCAUGACCAUGAAAGAAGAAAACGAUCAAAUCGUGUCAGCGGCACCCUACAGAGGAGAUGAAGAGUAUGCACCGAUAAAACCAGGGAAACCUUCCCGCAAAGAGAAGAGCAGUAAGUGUAUUGUAUAUUUUCUUCUCCUAAUCGUCUUGCUGGUUGCAAGUGCUUUGAUUUUGGCAUCAAUCUUCUUGCAUGCCAAGACUCCACGAAUUGAAAUAAAAUCAGUCACGGUGAACCAUCUAAGUCAUGGCAGGAACGCAUCGUCGCCCUCGUUUAACGCAACGCUGGUCGCUGAGUUGACGAUGAAGAAUAACAACUUUGGUUCCUUCAAAUUCCAGAACGGCUCCGGGAACUUCUGGUACGAUAUUUUUAAAGUUGGUGAGAUGAAGAUACCGGAGGGCCUGGUGAGAGCUCGGGAGACGAAGACGAUGAAGAUUAGAGUUCAAGUGAAAUCAUAUGGGGCGCUGAAUGAAAAAACAAAUUUGACAAGUGAUAUAAAUUCUGGGAUGGUAAGGCUGAGCAGCUAUGCGAAAUUGCAUGGGAGAGUCAACUUGUUCAAAUUCGUGGAGAAGAAGAAGAGCCCGGAGAUGAAUUGUUACAUGACUGUAAACUUGACAAGCCACUCUGUACAGGAUUUAGUCUGCAACUAAAUAUAUUUUUUUUUCUGCCUCGUGUUCUCCAUUUUGAAAAGAGAGAUUUUUUCCAUUUUCCUGA